CUGAAGUAGUGGGAUACACAUGGAAUAGAUUGCUAAAGCAUCGUAACCACAGGCUGCUUUGACUUUUAUGAGGAACUGACUACUGAGAGAGUACGUUACCCUGGCUGGAUGCACAGCAGAGGAAAACAUAAACAACUCUAAAUGUAUUUCAGCAUUAGGACAGAAGGCGCCCAUGCAAUAUCCUGUGUACUUAAGUGGGUCUGAGCUCUCAGGAAGGAUGCAGUUUUGCUGUGAAUCUGUAAAUGGCUCUUGCAUAAAGAGCAGCUGGUCAAACAGCAUUCGCAUUUCCAUGUAUAUCCUCAUGGUGUGGAUCAUUCUUGCCACUGUAGCUGGAAACCUGACUGUUAUCAUCUCAAUAUCACACUUCAAGCAGCUCCAUACACCUACAAAUUUCCUGAUCCUUUCCAUGGCCGCUGUUGAUUUCUUGUUGGGAUGUUUUGUCAUGCCUUACAGCAUGGUGCGCUCUGUUGAACACUGCUGGUACUUUGGAGAACUCUUCUGCAAAAUCCAUACUAGCACUGAUAUCAUGUUGAGUACGGCCUCCAUUUUCCAUCUCUCCUUCAUUUCUGUUGAUCGCUACUAUGCUGUGUGUGACCCACUGAGAUACAAAUCGAAGAUAAAUACUUUCAUCAUACUGGUCAUGAUCUUCAUUAGUUGGACCAUCCCUGCUAUUUUUGCCUUUGUCAUGAUCUUUCUGGAGCUAAACGUAAGAGGAGCUGAAGAGAUUUUCUAUAAUCACAUCCAUUGCGUAGGAGGCUGCUUUGUCUUUUUUAGUGAAACAUCAGGUGUGAUAGCCUCCAUGUUUUCCUUCUACAUCCCUGGAUUUGUUAUGUUAUGUGUCUAUGGGAAAAUAUACGCCAUAGCAAAGAGGCAGGCAAGAUCUAUUAAAGAUACAAGUAGCCAAACUCAGAUCCGACUUGAAAUGAAGCACCACAUUUCACGAAGCAGAGAGAGAAAAGCCGCAAAAACCCUAGGCAUAGUGAUGGGAGUUUUUCUUUUAUGUUGGACUCCAUUUUUUUUCUGUACUGCCACUGAUCCCUUUAUGAAUUAUGUCACACCUCCUGUUCUCAUAGAUGCAUUGGUUUGGUUUGGUUACUUGAAUUCUACAUUUAACCCAAUAGUUUAUGCCUUUUUUUACACAUGGUUUCGCAGGGCACUAAAAAUGAUUCUACUGGGUAAAAUUUUUCAAAAGGACUCUUCCAGAACUCAAUUAUUUUUAGAGUAAUGCACUUAGAACUGUUGGACCAUUCUCUGUUGUUUGGAGAUCGUAUUUAUGAAGCAAGAGCUAACA